UUUCUUUUCUCUUUUUGCCCCAAUAGACAAAGAGUUUUGUCAACACUUUUCUUAUUUCUUUCCAAGCCUUUAUUUCCAUUAAGUGACUUUUUUUUUUGUUGGAAAUGAGCCUAAAUUGGGUUAUGUUAACACAAGACGGUACAGGUGCUGUACCGUUACCCCAAGAAAAAAUGUUUUUGACACAAACAGAAGUAAAACUUAUACUAGACUGCAACGACUCGCCGGGAGGUUAUCCUGGACAUUCAGCAGGACAUUACGAGUCGAGUAAAGGCACAUUAAUUCUCUCUAAUCAAAGGAUCGUUUAUCUAGCAGCGCAGCCCACCCCUCAGUUUAAAAACUUGAAUGUGCCCAUUCUUAAUUUUAAACAAUGGAAGCUUGAACAACCUUGGUUUGGAGCCAAUUAUGUUACGGGCACAGUGAUACCGGUUCAGGGUGGUGGGUUGUCUCGAAAUUGUCAGCUGAAACUUACAUUUGCAGAGGGUGCAAUCGAAUUCACAAACAUAUUACGCAGCUUAUUGGAGCGAAUGGGUGAGAUAAAUGAAAUACCUCGGGAAUACGAAGCCUUACCGGCUUAUGAUAAUGGUAGCAGCAGCGGCAAUUAUAGCAGCACGGCGCCUCCGCCUCCAGCACCAUCACACGAUGAUAUCCCAGAUGAUUUACCUCCUCAAUACACAGCAUAGACUGAAUCAAAACAUGUGUUUUCCCCAGAAGCAAAGGGGGUGAAUGGAAUAAAUAACCUUUGUUUUUCAUUCUUAAUCGAGAUGCAAUCAUUCUUAUUAAAAGAUAGAUUAUGUAGAUGGCGUUGAAACCGUAUUACAUACUAUGUCAAAAAGAUGAGCAGCACAUGCUGUAACAUUCCCUCAUUAAGCGACGACCUUGGUUGAGUUG